AUGGGGCAGGUGCAUUAUUAUUUCCUCUUUGCCUGUGUUGCUGUAGGGUACUUCAGUAUGGUGAGCGCUACGGGCUUCGUCAUCAACCGGACACCCCUGAGGGUCACAGCGGUGAAUGGCUUCUCCUGGGCUAACUGCGAUAGUGAAGGUCUGCCUGGGAAAAUACAUACUCUCACUGUUCUCCCCGACCCGCUGUCCAUCCCUGGAGAGAUCACAGUAUCUACUAUCCUGAAUACUACGGUUGAGCUGAACUCCCCCGUCACAGUGAAAGUCACUGCAGAGAAGGAGUUUAUGCAUGAAUGGAUAAAGAUUCCUUGCCUAGAUGACGUUGGCAGCUGCACUUAUGAUGACAUUUGUGACGUUUUGGAUCAGCUAAUUCAGCCAGGGCAGCCAUGUCCAGAACCCCUUCAUAGCUACGGAUUACCCUGCCACUGCCCCUUCCAGUCAGGUUCCUAUUAUUUCCCUGUUACCAGCUUCUACGUCCCAGAUAUACCUCUGCCGUCUACGUUUACUAGCGGCAAUUAUCGUGUCACUGUUGUUCUGAGCCAUGGAGUCCAGGAAAUUGGAUGUGCCAAAAUCACUUUUUCUUUAGCUUCAUCUUUUUCCCAUUGGGUGUAA